GAUGAGCCCAGCUAAUCUCAGACUCAAACUCAACACUGGGGCUGAAAUCCCAUCAUUGCGAACGAGCUGGAUCUUGACGUCACUCCAGAAUGGGUACCGACACAUUGAUACGGCGCACAUGUAUGGAACGGAAAAGGCCGUUGGCGAGGCCGUGAGGGAGUCAGGUAUUCCCCGUGAAGAGAUAUUCAUUACCACAAAGUUGCGGUGGAAUGCCGGAGCGAAAGUCAGGGAGUCGUUCGAGGAGAGUCUUGCCAACCUGGGCUUAGGAUACAUUGACCUGUACCUCGUCCACUGGCCUCAGGCUGUUGUAUACGAGCCAGACAACCUGAUUCCGGUGAACCCAGAUGGAACGGUAAAAACCACGGACAAAGUCAACUUCAAUCAGGUGUGGGCAGAAGUAGAAAAGCUCCUGGAUACGGGGAAAGUCAAAGCGAUUGGCGUUAGCAAUUUCUCGAUAAAGAGGCUCGAGCAACUUUUCAAGACAGCGAAGGUGACACCCGCAGUGAAUCAAGUCGGAUUGCAUCCGUACCUGGCCAGCAACGAGCUCAGGCAUUACUGCGAAAAGCGGGGUAUCCUCGUCGCUGCCUACACUCCCAGCGGCUAUGCUAUUGUCCGAAACGAUCCCCUCAUUGUCGGUUUGGCAGAGAAGUACAAGGUCACCCCGAACCAUGUUAUCCUUUCAUGGCACUUGUCGCGGGGCACUAUUGUCGUUCCGAAGAGCGAGAAUAGCGAGAGGCAGAAAGAGAAUAUCACGAUUCCCGCCAUCUCGGAAGAGGACCUUGGAAAGAUCUGGCAUCUCGACCGUGGACAGAGAAUCUGUAACAAGGGUGACGAGAAGACUGGACAGGUUUGGGGAUGGACGUACGAGCAGCUCGGCUGGGAGAGUUUCUACCCCAAGUACUA